AUGAAAAAAAUAUAUUUUGCAGAAAGAGAUGACGAGAAAGAAAAUAAUAUGAUAAAACUAUUCAACUUAGGGCCACCGGAUGAUGAGGAAGAAGGAAAUGAUGCAAGAGUAAUCAAUCAAAAUUUGACAGAUAGUGAGAAUGAAGAAAAUGAUAUGUCGGAAGAAGAGGAAGAAGAAAAUUAUGCACCGGCAGAUAGUGAGGAAGAAGAUAUUUCAGAAUCAGAAGAAGAGGAAGAAAAAAAUACUAUUAAAGAAAAAUUACCCGACGUGACUUAUGCUCAUCCUAAGCCAAAAAAACUGAUCAGAGGCCGAACUCAACCAAUAAAAUUAUUCCCACUUCGUUUCGAAGAAGAGAGAAGAAUUCAUUCAAAAGUAACUUAUACAAUAUCUACUCAAACUAAUCUUAUUGGCCGUGAUCUUGAACAAAUUCAAGUACUAUUGGAAGAAAAAGAAACAGAAGCAAAACAAUUAGAAAAGCUGCUUCAAAUGAAAUCAAAAGAAUUAGAAAAACUUCAACAAAAACUAGAAGUUUUGUCUAAGUAUGAAAAAAAGCUUAACAUAUUAGAAAAAGAAGCAGAAUUAAAAAAAAAAAAAGAGAUCCAAGAAAAAUUAGAAACAUUUUUGGAUGCUCAAGCUGAAAUAAUUCGCCUUAAUUAUCUUAAUGCGACCACUAAUUUUGCUACUGGACAAAAAGCAAAAGCUAAUAGUUACCUUCUUAAUAAAGGUCGUUUUGAUCAACUAAGAAAAUUAGAAGAAAAACAACAAGAAAUUACCAAACUAGAAAUACAAUUAGAUAAUUUAGAAAAGUUAGAUGAAGAAUUAACUAAACCAGAAAAAGAAAAAUCUAAACUUUUUGAAAUUAAUCUUUCUAAUCAAACUAAAGAUGAAGAUAUUGAAAUCCCCGAUCUGAACAAAAAUAAAGAAAAAAAAAUCGGAAUUAGUUUAGGAGCUUCAGUAUUUGGCAAUACUGGUAAUCUAGGGAUAACUUACGAAUCUAAAACUUCUCAACCUACUGAGCAAAAUAAUUCUCUACCUCAAACAGCCCAAACUCAGCAAACUGAGCCAAAUAAUUAUCUACCUCAACAAACUGAGCCGAAUAGUUUUCUACCGCUGAAACAACAAACAGUUCAAAAUAAACAGUCUCCUAUUACUAUAAUAAUUAAUACUAGUGGAAAAAGUCAGAAAUAG